AUGUCUCCAACCUUGAACAUCACUCACAUUGGCACCGCCACCGCCAUCCUCGAGAUCAAUGGCGUAAACAUGCUCACCGAUCCCUUUUUCUCUCCCGCCGGCACCAAAUUCCCAGUCAACGAAGUGAUUCACCUUCUCGUCGACGACGACCCUGCCCUCCGUCUAGACCAACUCCCCGUCAUCGACGCCGUCCUGCUCAGUCAUGAAGACCACGUCGAUAACCUUGACGACCUAGGCCGGCGCCUCCUAGACGGCCGCCGCGUCUUCACAACCGUCGACGGCGCAAAGAACCUCUCUCCCCGUCCGGCAGUCCACGGCCUGAAACCCUGGGAGAGGAUCAAUGUCACCAUAGCCGGCAAGAAGUUCGAGAUUAUCGGCACGCCGACGCAACAUCUCCCAGGCGGGGAAUGCACCGGCUUCAUCAUCACAGGCGAAGACUUCGGAACCGGUCGCGAUAACCUCCCCAAGGCGAUCUACUUCUCCGGCGACACGGUCUACAUCGAAGAGCUCAAAAAGAUGGCGGAUGAAUACCAUAUCUGCGCGGCGGUGUUCAACCUGGGGAAUGCGCAUGUGCCUUCGGACCUGGAGGAUCCCAAUAGUCCGCUUAUAAACAUUACCAUGGAUGGGAAGCAGGCGGCGCGGCUGUUCCGGGAUAUCAAGGCUGAUGUCCUGGUUCCGAUGCACUAUGAGUCGUGGCAUCAUUUUACGCAGUUUGGAAAGGAGUUACGGGAGGCGUUUGAGGAGGAGGGGAUUAGUGAUAAGGUCUGCUGGCUUAAGUCUGGUGAGGCUGUCUCAGUUCUGUAG